AUGCCAGUGUUGGUGGAUGAUGUUUUCAUUAUAAACCAUACAUAUGUCUUGAACCGUCCUCAUGAUCAAACUCACAGUCAACGCUUUUUUACAACUUUGACAGAUUUGCUUCAUACUUUGUCAACUGUUCCUCGGGAGCUAAAUUUUAUCGAGCACACCAGUGACAUUGGCUGGAAAGAGUACCAAAGAGCCAAACCCGUUAUAAUCGAUCCGGGGCUAUAUAGUAAUAAAAAAUCAGACGUUUUCUGGGUCUCCCAGAAAAGGAGUGUUCCCACUGCUUACAAGCUCUUCACUGGUUCUGCGUGGAUGAUGCUUUCGCGAUCCUUUGUAGAAUAUUGUUUAUGGGGAUGGGAUAACCUACCAAGAAUCGUCCUCAUGUACUACGCUAAUUUUCUUUCAUCACCCGAAGGGUAUUUUCACACAGUAAUAUGCAACGCCGAUGAGUUCAAAAAUACGACCGUAAACCAUGACCUUCAUUUCAUUUCUUGGGAUAACCCCCCGAAACAACACCCCCAUUUUCUCUCCAUUGAUGAUUACGAAAGAAUGGUGGAAAGUCAUGCACCGUUCGCUAGAAAAUUUGGUGCAGAUAAGGAGUUACUCGACAAAAUUGACUCUGAACUUCUAGGGCGUGAACCCGAUGGUUUUGUGACAAGCAAUUGGUUAGACAAAAGUGAUGCAAACAAAACUAUAGCUGAAAGCAUAGUCAGGAACGCAACUGAACUGAAACCGGGACCUGGAGCGGAGAGGAUCAAGACCCUUAUCGGCGGUAUGCUAUCUGACAAAGAUUUUCACUUGAAGCAUUGUAUCUGAUUAUUUAGUACGCCCGUUUUCCUCCAUUUCUUGCGGGCCUCGGGCCGUGGUGAGAAUAAAGAUUGGAAGAAAACGAUCGGUCGCGUAUAACUUGUAAGUAAGCACCAACCAUGAAGGAGGUGUGUUUUACUGAUGUAAUUUGUCCAAGAUUAAGUUUUUCUUGGAAUAUAUUACUAUAAAGAUAUGAGAUUUAUAUUAUAUUAUAUUAUAUAAAUGAUGCCAAGUUUAUAUUUUGUAAUGAAAUCCUGGAGAAGGGUAUUAAAGUUGUAGCAAUGCCAGUGUUGGUGGAUGAUGUUUUCAUUAUAAACCAUACAUAUGUCUGUAUGAGUACAAUCUGCAAUUCUUAGU